ACUUUAAUGGUGUGACCCGGGUUAGCUUAGCAGGCUAGCGGUCAGCUAAUUGCACUAGUUGAAUGUUGUAACAUUGCUAGCGUGCUAGAUGAAACCAGCUCACGAGUGGAACGACUUUAAAAGUGCAGUAAGUUUAAAAGUAAUCCAGUUAUGACUGGUUAGUUUUGUACUUCACCGUGAUGAGGUUUAAGAGAGAAAUUAACGGACCGCUGUCAAUCAAAACAAGCUAUUAAGCGGAAGUGGCUCCAACACGAGAUCAUUCGGACCAAUCACAUUUGCGCGUUAGGUGAUGGACAGCGUGAUCAGCCAAUCACGGUGCAGCAGAUUUGCCAUGGCGCUGUCAUGAAUGUGUAAUGCGGUCUUUUUUUUUUCCGGUGCACAUUUUUUUUUGGCUCUGCAGCCCUCUGCACUGGACGGAUUCAUACCCGGCGCUAGGAUGUUUCACGAUGUGCGGUUGAAGCAGCUUGUUUUGAACUGUUUUGGCUUCUUGUUGUUUUUAGUGGGCCUCCACCAGGCUGAAGGGACCUCCACGGAAAUGGCCAGCCUGAACUGGAAGCCGUUUGUGUAUGGAGGAAUGGCAUCCAUCGUCGCAGAAUUUGGUACCUUCCCUAUUGAUUUGACCAAAACCCGGCUCCAGGUCCAAGGCCAGUCUCAGUGCAUGGAGGUCCGCUACAGAGGCAUGUUCCACGCUUUGCUCAGGAUCGGACGAGAAGAAGGCAUCCGAGCCUUGUAUUCUGGGAUUUCGCCGGCGCUCUUAAGGCAAGCCUCUUACGGGACGAUUAAGAUCGGGACGUACAACACGCUGAAGAAAUUAUUUGUGAGCCGUCCUGAAGAUGAGACGAUGGUCAUCAACGUGUUCUGCGGCGUCGUCUCGGGAGUGUUGUCCUCUUCUUUAGCGAACCCUACAGACGUGCUGAAGAUUCGCAUGCAGGCUCAGGGCAGUCUGCUCCAAGGCAGCAUGAUGGCCAACUUCAUCAACAUCUACCAGACAGAGGGCACGCGAGGACUCUGGAGGGGCGUCAUACCAACAGCACAGAGAGCCGCCAUUGUGGUCGGCGUCGAGCUUCCGGUGUACGACAUCACCAAGAAACACUUGAUUGGUUCUGGCCUGAUGGGAGACACGGUUUUGACACAUUUCAUUUCCAGUUUUGCUUGUGGUCUGGCAGGAGCGCUCGCCUCCAACCCCGUAGACGUGGUGAGGACGCGGAUGAUGAACCAGCGCGUGCUGUCCGGGAACUUUCUCUACAAAGGCACGCUGGACGGACUCAUGCAGACGUGGAGGAAUGAAGGUUUCUUCGCUCUGUACAAGGGCUUCUGGCCCAACUGGCUGCGUCUCGGACCCUGGAACAUCAUCUUCUUCAUCACCUAUGAGCAGCUGAAGAAGCUUCCAUUAUAGCUGAACCACAGACGAUGCAACACUCCGCUGGCUGAAAGUGUGUAUGUGUGUGUGUGUGAGAGUGAGAGAGAGAGUGAGAGAGAGUGAGAGAGAGUGAGAGAGAGUGAGAGAGAGAGAGUGAGAGAGAGUGAGAGAGAGGGAAGGAAGGGCAGGGAGCAAGUGAGCAUCUCUUCCUGCCUUUACCCUUUCAUUCACAAUCCCUCCAUGUAAUGUGUACUCUGAUUUAAAUGUUCUAGUUUGGGUUGUGUGUCUGUGUGUGUUUGUGUGUUUCCUUCUUUUUUUUUUUUUUUUUUUUUUUUUUCCUUUUUUUUUUUUUUUUGUUUUUUUUUUUUACAUUUUUUCUUUUUUUCAUUUUAUUAUUAUUAUUUUGCAUUAAAACCUUUUAAUGAGUUUGCACCAUGAUUUUGCACCUAAAGCCUUGCUUUAUCGAUCCUGGCAGCUAAAUUUGAGGUCAGCACAAAGAUGGGAACGUUACAUCAGCUAGUCACUUCGUUUAAACGACAGAACGUGCAAGAGGUCACACUGGAAAUCGCUUCGCUUCGGAGCAGCCUUGCGCUAGUAUUUAACACGAUGGACUGUUUUUAUCGCGUCUCCUCGGUUCGGUGGUGGGGGGUUUGAUGCUUUAGUAGCAUUGUUAGUGAUAUUAUAGAUUCCGGAUGUGUGAGAAAUGAAAAUGAAGCAAAUGCACUCUGGAUUGUGUUCGAUUAAAAGUGUCCUGCCUGGAUUAGCUUUACUGGAGCACCUUUAUGUGGCGUGUAGAUUGUAUGUACGUGGCCAGUGUAUGACCCUGCUCUGAACAUUUCUGACAACAAGUCUAGUCUAAUUCAACAUCAUUUUGUUUGAGGGGGAAAAAAAAGCAGAUUCCUCACUCCUUUUUUGUUCUCUGAGUCUUUUAUUGCCAAAUAUUGCUCAGCCCAAAUUGCAGUUUUGUGUAAUAACCUCGCUAAAAGGAACGAACACACACAGAACCGAAAACACUUCUGUCCUGCAGGGUCCUGGCAGUCUUUUAUGCUGCGUGCGUGUGUGCGCGCGUGUGUGUGUGUGUGCGCGCGCGUGUGUGUGUGUGUGGGGGGGGCUGUUUGUAUACAAGCAUGUGUGGAAAUGUAUAAUAUUUUGCGUAGGUGUGAUGAACUGUACAUUAAUGCUGCUGUACAAAGUAUUAGCUCAGCUUCUUUUUUUUUUUUUUUUUUUUUUUUCUUUUUUCUUUCAUUUUUUCCCUCCUCACAAAUCCUGGCCUGUCAAAGUGUACUGUAAAAAAAAGAAAAGAAAAGAAAAAAAAAAACCUUUCAAAAUGUGACACAUUGGUACUGUUACAUCAUCUACAUCUACUUUUUGGUUCUGUUGAUUUUGUUUCCAAGCAUUUUAUCUGAAACGUGUUUUAAAUAUUACAUUACACUGUACUGGAAACAGAGCGACAGUCAGAGUGCAAAGCUCCACGAGAAUUAAAUUUUUUCUAUGGAUUCGCUUUCAUAGUCUGUCAUCAUUAAGAUUAUAAGCUAGUUUGCGUUUUUGUGCCUGCACAGUCAUCCUCGGUGUUGGUCUGCCUGCUUGUUGUAGAGUUUCUAAGAAACACGCACACAUUUGUCACAAAGAAUUUGCAUGAGAGCUUUUAAUACUAAUUUUUCACGCCUGUUUGCAACCUCACCAUACAGACCCUACACAAACGUCUUUUAAUCACCAUUAAAUUGUGAGUUAGACACAAGUGUCUUACAUGUAAGUUCUUUUACAGCAAUAACCGGCUACUUAAACACCUCAUUCAUGCACCUCAUUCGUAUAUCAUCGGCCAAUCACGUGAGAGCAGCGCAGUGCAUAGAGUAAUGCAGAUACAGGUCAAGAGAUUCAGUUAAUGUUACCAAAAAAAACUGAUCUUGGUGACUGUGGUGUUGUUGUUGGUGCCAGUUUGAGUAUUUCAGAAAGUGCUGAUGAUCUGGGAUUUUCACGCACGACGCUCGACACAGAAUGGUGCGAAAUCCAAAACAAUAACAAAACACCUUGUUGAUGAGAGAGGUCAGAGAAGAUUGACCAGACUGGUUCAAACUGACAGGAAGGCUACAGUAACUCAAAUCACCACUCUUUACAACCGUGGAGAGCAGAAAAGCAUCUCAACAGGCUGAAACCUUGAGGAAGGUGGGCUACAGUGCACACAAACUGGAUAGUUGAGUUUUUUUUUUAAACUUGAGAUGCUUUUCUGCUCACCACGGUUGUAAAGAGUGGUUAUUUGAGUUACUGCAGUCUUCCUGUCAGCUCGAAGCAGUCUGACUGUUCUCCUCUGACCUCUCUCUUCUGCCCAAAGAACCACUGUUCACUGGAUGUUUAGUUUUUUUGCACCAUUCUGUGUAAACUCUAGAGACUGUUUCAUGCAUUGCGCUGCUGUCACAUGAUUGGCUGAUGGGAUGAUUUCAUGAAUGAGCAGGUUUAAUGGUGGUCCACGUGAAGUGGCCGGUGAGCGUAUAUGAUGGGAGACAGAAAUGCUAAUCUUUCAAACUUUUUUCAGAUGAUAAGUCUGUCCUUGAAAAGUCACCUGAUGUAAUGCCUGGAUUACAUCAUGACUUUUUUUCCCCCUCAGUCUUGCCUCAAGAGUUUGAGUGAAAGACGCAUGCUGUUUUCUCAGACAUGGCUUAACAGUUACGUAAUGCCUGUUUCCAGGUUCAGACAAGACCAAGACUCAUGUGCCAGUUCACACUUUUAAUCUUUUCACUAGAUUUACUAGCAGGUUAUUUUAUUUUUGUGUUUUCUUUUAGACUCUAAAAUGUUUUUUUUUCUUUUUAAUGUGCACUAUUGUCUUUAAAUUUGGAAUCAUCUUGUUUGAAAAAUGUUCAAAACCAAUUUUUUUUCUUUUUAAAAAAAUAUUCCAGAUUGUGUUUAUUCAUACGUGAAACAAAAUCAUUUUUGGUGUGUUGCCAUGUAUUCACAUCUGCUAAGAUACAGUCUAUGAUAGAUUAAUAAUUUAUUGGUGUGUGUUGUCUUCAAGCAUCUCAAAGGAAAAACCAUCAUUUCAAACCCUGCAUGGAGAAUGUGGCUUUAAAACAACAUAUCUCACACGGAUCAUCUGACGAUCUGAGCCUACACGUCUUUGCUUUCUGCCUUGUCACGUGCAUUUUCAAAAAAAUCAGUCACGUGUCCUGGCAAGGUCUUUGUCAACUUUGAUCAUUUUUGGUUCUAAUGGUGAACAUGUCAUUACUUAACCUUAUUUGUUGCAAUGGUAUGAAAAUUUGGCUAUAGGCCUAUUAUGUGGCUGGUUUUGCUUUGUAUGAUAUAAAUGUGCACCUGACAAUAAAACAACAUCCUGAUGAUUAA